CGAUAAAUGAGGGUAGGAAAUGGCAAAAAUGCAUAGAGAAAAGUUACACAAAUACAAAAGGGCAAAGCGCUAAGCAGUUGCUAAUGAACCCAAUCGGAAGCCGAAACUCAUCAAAAUCCGUUGUCGUCGGACGCCAAAUGCUCCUUCAUUCCUCUUAUCCUUCCCCUGAUCAUCGGCAAAACCCCCCCUGUUAGCCAACUCACUCGAUCAGGAUCGUAACCCUAGAAAAAUAAGAAUGAUUUGAAGCUUCCCCCUUUGGCCCUUUUCACAACCCUAACUAACAGAUACUCUUGUAUAUACAUGGCUGCUGAUAGUCCUGAUUUCGACAGAGCUGACAUCUCACCACUGGUGCUAAGUGAUGAAGAUUCAAUGGGAAGCAAGAGAAAAGAAAUAACAAAUAACGAGCUUGAAGGGAGUAGUAGCAGAAAGAAGAAGAAUAAAAAAGGUCAUACACCCCGUCCAGCUUGCUCUUGGGUCCAUUUUAGCCGUGAUUUCAUCAAGGAGUACAGUGCUUCCCACCCCGAAUCCUCUGGUCUAAAAGUUGCAACAAAAGCAGCCUCAAAUGCUUGGAAAGUAAUGAGCCUUGAAGAGAAAGAAAUUUACACUAAACGUGCACGUGAAGUAUGGGAUGAUUACUUGAGUUCCACACCUGCUCGUGAACCAAAACCAAGAAAACAGGCCAAUCUAGUGACAAGGUGCUCCCCAGGUCGUUUAGUGAAUGUGAUAAAACAAUUCACACCCGAACAAAAGGAAGCUGUGAAAUCCAUGGGAUUUGGAAGUCUUCUUGACCUAAAAUGUAGAACUUUACGCAGAAGUUUAUGUCUUUGGUUAUUAGAAAGAUUUAACACCAUUAGAAGAAGCUUAGAGAUUUGUGGAAAACGAAUUCCUUUGUCACCCGUUGAUGUGGAGCUUGUAAUGGGAUUGUCAGCAAGUGGGAAAGAUGUGGUGAGUUCAGGCUCUGAUGAUGUGGUAGCAGAUUUACGCCUAAGGUACAAUGCUUCUAACAGGGGUAUUUCUGUCCGUUUCUUGGAAGAAAAAUUGGGUGAACAAGAAGCAGGAGAGGACUUCAAAAGGGCGUUUCUUUUAUAUGUUUUGGGCACUUUGUUGUGCCCUACUGCAAGACUGGAUGUUAGCCCUUCUUUUCUUCAUUUUUUGACAGAUAUGGAUUCUAUUCAUGAAUACAAUUGGGCAAAAUUCUUGCUUGAUAAGUUAGUUAGAGAAGUUGCACGUUUUCGCCAAGGGAAACAACGUGCAGUUGGUGGGUGUCUAUUGUUUCUUCAGCUUUUUUACUAUGAGAGUGUUGCAAUUGGAGUCCCUGGAGAACUGGGCCCAGUUGUUGUUCCAUGUUUAUCUUCAUGGACAGAAGAAAACAUUUCUGAGAGAGAAAAACAAGAGAAAGAGCUUGGUGGUUAUGGAUCUGGAGAGGUGAUUUGUAAGGAGAGGGGUCUUGGGGUGCAUGUUGAUACUCUCCCAGAUAGUCAUAGAGCUUAUCGUAGUCUGGCCCCACAGGAAGAACACCAACACCUGGGAGGUGGAGGCGGAGGCGUAAGCGUGGUGAUGAAUUACAAGGACCAAAUUACACUACCAACAAAAAUCGAAGGUUUCGGGUACAACAACAACAAUGUGAGUGUGAGUGUGAAUCAUCAUCAUCAUAAUAAUAAUAAUAAUAAUAAUAAUACAAUGGAUUACGACCAAAACAACGGAAUCGGAAUCGGAAUCGGAAUCGCGUACGAUCAAAACCAAUGCCCUGUUCCAAAUUGCACUUUCAAUGGGGAAUACGAAAACCUAUCCGACCAUUUCAGCACAAAACAUUGGGAUUCGGGACGCCGAUUCCGCUACAAUUGCCCGUUACCAGUGUCAUUGGGAAUGCAUGAAACCUUUCUUGUACUACAAGCAGAAGAAGAUGGGCUUCUUUUUUUACUGAAUAAAGGGACUGAAAAUAUUGGGCACACUGUUACAAUUACUGGCAUUGGGCCCAAUGAGGCUGAUGAGCGGUUUUUGUAUUAUCUUGUGUCAGAGAGAGGAGGAAGUUCUUUGAGAUUGAAGUCGUAUACCCAGAAUUUACCGGGUCGGGUUGAUGGGAUUCCACCUGCGGAUUUUCUUUUGGUUCCGUUUGGGUAUUUGAAUUCGUCUGGGGAAUUGAAUUUGGAGGUUUGUAUAUGGAACCAGCAGAUUUAG